AUGUUACUUCCAUCAAGCAUGUCAGAAGUAACCAACACCACUCACAAUCCUUUCGACUUCAUCCUCAUGGGCAUCCCCGGAUUUGAGGCUGACCAUCUCUGGAUCUCCAUCCCCUUCUGCUGCCUCUACUCUGUCUCUAUCGUGGGCAACAUCAUCACUGUCCUCACCGUCAUCCGCACAGAGCCAUCUCUCCACCCGCCAAUGUACCUCUUCCUCUCCAUGCUGGCCCUCACUGAUCUGGGUCUCACUCUCACCAUGCUGCCCACCGUCAUGCAGCUUCUCUGGUUCAACAUUCGGGAAAUCAGCCUUGAGGCCUGCUUUGCCCAAUUGUUCUUUCUCCAUGGGUUCUCCUUUGCGGAAUCAUCUGUUCUAUUGGCCAUGUCCUUUGACCGUUGUGUGGCCAUCUGCCGCCCACUCCACUAUGUCUCCAUCCUCACCAACGAGGUCAUUGGUAGAAUUGGGUUGGCCAUCAUUUGCCGCGGUGUCUUGGCUGUCCUUCCCUCCCUUCUCCUGCUCAAGCGCCUGCCCUUUUGCCAUUCCCACCUUCUCUCUCAUUCUUACUGCCUCCACCAGGAUAUGAUUCACCUGGUCUGUGCUGACAUCAGGGUCAACAGCUGGUAUGGAUUCGCUCUGGUCCUGCUCAUUAUUGUGUUGGACCCUCUGCUCAUUGUAAUCUCCUAUGCACUUAUCCUGAAAAGCAUCUUGAACACAGCCACUUGGACUGAGCGACUCCGGGCUCUCAACAACUGUCUGUCCCACAUGCUGGCUGUCCUGGUUCUCUAUGUCCCCAUGGCUGGUGUGUCUAUGACGCACCGCUUUGCCAAGCAUGCCUCUCCACUGGUUCAUGUUCUCAUGGCCAAUAUCUACUUGCUGGCACCUCCCGUGAUGAACCCCAUCAUUUACAGUGUAAAAACCAAGCAGAUCCGCCAUGGAAUCACUCACCUCCUCUUGCGGAGAAAAGCGCACUGA